UGCAAAUGAUAUAAUCCAAACAAUAAACAAAUGCAAUUCAUGGAUCACGUGCGCAGGGAAAGCCCAGAUAUAAUAAUACGCUCUGGCUCAUUUUAGCAAAUCUAAAACCGCAACCGGUCAACAGUUGUCCACUCCAAGCUCCAGAACCAUCUCUUGCUAACCUGCACGCUUAGCGAUGGCGAUCUCCCUGCAGUUCUGCCGCAUCUCGGCUCGUACGGACCUAUGCGUGCCGGAGGCGAGAAUAUUGCGGCACCGGAAGCCAUCCUCCGUCCGAUGCUCUGCCGGAGAAGCUGCUCCGUCGUCCUCCGCCACGGUCGACUCGUCCGAGUUCGACGCGAAGGUUUUCCGUCACAACUUGACGAGGAGCAAGAACUACAACCGGAAGGGAUUUGGUCAUAAGAAGGAGACUCUUGAGCAGAUGAGCCAGGAGUAUACGAGUGACAUUAUAAAGAAAUUGAAGGAGAACGGAUUCGAAUACACAUGGGGAAAUGUCACUGUUAAGCUUGCUGAAUCUUAUGGUUUCUGCUGGGGCGUAGAGCGUGCUGUUCAGAUUGCUUAUGAAGCCAGAAAACAAUUCCCGACUGAGAAGAUUUGGAUCACUAAUGAAAUCAUUCACAACCCCACUGUUAAUCAGAACGGCAAGAAACAAUUUGAUGUUGUCGACAAGGGCGAUGUUGUCGUGUUGCCUGCUUUUGGAGCUGCUGUGGAUGAGAUGUUGGUUUUGAGUGAAAAGAAUGUCCAAAUAGUUGAUACAACUUGCCCAUGGGUAUCUAAGGUCUGGAAUACUGUCGAGAAGCACAAGAAGGGAGAAUAUACUUCAAUAAUCCAUGGUAAAUAUUCUCAUGAAGAGACUGUGGCUACUGCCUCUUUUGCAGGGAAGUAUAUCAUUGUAAAAAACAUGAAAGAGGCAAAUACAAUUUUUCAAGUUGGUUUUGUAGUCAUCUUAUGCUGGGACUUGAUAAAUGUUCGUCUGCAGAAAUUCAAAUAUGCAGUGUCCGAUGGAUUUGAUCCAGAGAAAGAUCUUGAGAAAGUUGGUAUUGCAAAUCAAACAACAAUGUUAAAGGGGGAAACUGAGGAAAUUGGAAAAUUAGUUGAAAGAACCAUGAUGCAAAAGUUUGGAGUCGAAAAUAUCAACAGCCACUUCAUAAGUUUCAACACUAUAUGCGAUGCAACUCAAGUAAAAAUCUUCCUCCCAGCCUCAUUCAAUCUCAUGCUAGUUGUUGGCGGUUGGAACUCAAGCAACACUUCACAUUUGCAAGAAAUCGCAGAGGAACGCGGGAUUCCUUCAUAUUGGGUUGACAGUGAGAAAAGAAUAGGCCCUGGAAAUAAAAUUGCUUACAAGUUGAUGCAUGGUGAGUUGGCCGAGAAAGAAAACUGGCUGCCCGAGGGUCCUAUCAGAAUCGGUAUUACUUCUGGUGCAUCUACACCCGAUAAGGUCGUUGAAGAUGUUCUUGCAAAGGUCUUCGACAUCAAACGUGAAGAAUUACUGCAAGUGGCAUAAACAAACUCCAUUUUGCAUUGUGAUUCCCAUGUAAGCAAAAUCAAAACUUGCUUCCGUGUUACCUCUAAUCUUAUAUGACACACCACAUGUUUUAGGUCUGGCUGACUAAAGGAAGCAACAUUAAUGUAUUUGAUCCGUGUAACGAAAAUGAAUUUUGCUUGUUGUAUUUACAGAUUACAAUUGCAUGUAAUUGUAAGGUACUCAGACCUUCCUUUGGGUGGGAUUACUUGAAUAUUGAACAUAUAUAUUCAAAAAUAAUACAUUGUACAAGAAAAAUAUUGAACAUAUACUAGGAUUACUUGAAUAAUAGUAAUUACAUACAUAUUAGGGUAACAGGAAUAGCAAAAACUAUUAUAUAUACGAAUGCUUUUAUGGCUUCAUAUUAUAUUGUCUGUUAAGGGUAUAUUUGGUAAAUCUAGUUGAAAC